AUGUCCACUGGAGGCAGGUUUGACUUUGAUGACGGGGGGUCGUACUGCGGGGGGUGGGAGCAGGGUAAGGCCCAUGGCCGAGGGGUCUGCACGGGUCCCCAGGGUCAGGGCGAGUACGCGGGGGCCUGGAGCCACGGCUUCGAGGUCCUGGGCGUGUACACGUGGCCCAGCGGGAACAGCUACCAGGGCACCUGGGCGCAGGGCAAGCGGCACGGCAUCGGAGUGGAGAGCAAGGGCCGCUGGGAGUACAGAGGGGAGUGGACGCAGGGGUUCAAAGGCCGCUACGGGCAGCUGGAGAGCACGGCCAGCGGGGCCCGGUACGAGGGGACGUGGAGCAACGGUCUGCAGGAUGGAUACGGCACUGAAACCUACUCCGAUGGAGGAACCUACCAAGGCCAGUGGCUGGGUGGGAUGCGUCAUGGCUAUGGCGUGCGGCAGAGUGUACCGUACGGCAUGGCGGCCGUCAUCCUCUUCCCUCUGCGAACAUCCAUAAACUCCCUCCGCUCCGAGCACAGCCACGGCCCUCCGGCUGUGCUGGACGACGGCACCAUCACCACGCCCACAGACGGGGUGGUGGCCGGGCUGGCCGGGAGCCCGGUGGGCCGAGGCGGGUUCGCUCUGACGGCUCCGAGUGAAGCCGAACGUCAGAGGAAAAGAAAAGGCCGUUUCCGCCAGUCCAUCCUGAGCGGCCUCAAGCUGCGACGCUCCGAGUCCAAAAGCUCUCUGGCCAGUCAGCUCAGCAAGCAGAGCUCCUUCUGCAGCGAGGCCGGCAUGAGCACCGUCAGCUCUGCUGCAUCUGACAUCCACUCCAACGCCAGUGAGAGCGAGCAGGGCGCCCCCGUGGACGCCACUGUCACAGAAAUGUAUGCUGGCGAGUGGCGGAGCGACCAGAGGGCCGGCUGGGGCGUUAGUCGGCGCUCAGACGGCCUUCACUACGCAGGUGAAUGGGCAGGGAACAAGAGGCACGGAUAUGGCUGCACCACCUUCCCCGAUGGCACCAAGGAGGAAGGAAAGUACAAGCAGAAUGUGCUGGUGAGCGGAAAACGCAAGAACCUGAUUCCACUGAGGGCCAGUAAAAUCAGAGAGAAGGUGGACCGAGCUGUUGAAGCUGCUGAGAAGGCUGCAGACAUCGCCAAGCAGAAAGCAGAGAUUGCCAUGUCAAGGAUGAGCCACGCUCGUGGGAAGGCGGAGGCAGCUGAAGGAGUGGCGCAGAAGGCCACAGAGGAGUGUCGACUGGCCCGGAUCGCUGCCAAAGAGCUCUCCCCCUCCUUCCACAUCUAUGGGAACGGUGAGUGGACAAGGCUCGAAUGUCAGAGGCCCAAGCACCAGGACGCCAAGGACAAAGACCAUGAGGUCAUCUCGACAGGAACAGACAGUCCGGAGCUGUGCACUCCGGACACCACGCCGCCUGCAAUAACACCUGAUCUCAGCCCCGUGCUGAGCGUACCCACCUCACCCCCCCACAGCCCGCCCAAGCACGCCCAUCGCCCCAGAAAUGCUUGCUUCAUGCGCCAGAGUGCCGUGGACGAUCAGAGCGGGGCCGAGAUCCAGGUGCUGGUGGAGGGGCGGGGGGUGGAUCUGCCGAGGGGAGGGGCUAACAAUUGGACCGAUGACAUGUAUCCGGAGCGAGGGGGCAGCAGCCGCUCCACCACACCCUCCCUUCUGGAGGAGCAAGAGGGCCAGAUCAACGGCCACGAGCAAGCCCCUCUGUCCAACCACAAACCACGGGAGAAAUCCUUGUCCAAUCACAAGUCCCGGGAGCACGCUUCCUCCUACAGAGCGUGGGAGCACUCCUUGUCCAACCAAAAGCCCUCCAAGCACGCCUCUUCCAAUCACAAGUCAAGGGAGUACUCGUCCUCCAAUCACAAAACAUGGGAUCAUUCUUCCACCAAUCACAAGGCCUGCGAGCAUGCCUCUUCCAACUACAAGCCGCAGGUGCACAUUUUGUCCAAUCACAAGGCCUUGGAACAUAACAUGUCCAAUCACAAGACUUCUGAGCAUGCUUCUUCCAAUCACAAGCCCCAAGAUUAUAUCUCCUCUAAUCACAAUGCAAAGGACCGCGUCUCCUCUACUUAUAACCCUCGAGAGCAUGUCUACUCCAACCACCAUCCGAAGCCGCACAACCCCUCCAACCACAAGCUGAGCGAGCAUGCUGCAAUCGACCAAAGGCUAGACGGCCUCACCGUGGGCUGGACCGCUGAGAGCACCCUUAGGUGGAGCCCCGCCCACUCCCGCCUCACAGAGCAGGACGAGGAGAGGAUGAAUGACUAUACGGUUGACAUGAGGCUUCAGUGUCCGGACUCGCAGACGUCCCGGGGGCUGGGCCAGGAGUCCCCGGCCCCCAAAAACAACAGGCUGCGAUCCCGGGGCCUUCGGCCGGUCAGAGAGGGAUCCGUGGACUCUGUACAGAUGCUGGACAACCUGAAUGUGGGGGCAGAGCUGGAGGAGUGGCCGCUGCACAGGGACCUCACCCUCUCCCCACCCCUAAAGUCUCAACCCAUCACUCUGGAGCAGGAAGGAGAGCAUCUCACCCUCAAAUCAAACUCAGGCUCCAGCUCUAUUCUGGUGGUUAUGGUCAUUUUACUCAAUAUUGGAGUAGCCAUUCUUUUCAUUCACUUCUUUAUUUAA